CAUAUGAAUGCAUGUUUACAUCUUACGUAUUCAAGAACCAUUCUACCUUGGCGAUUUAUAUUAUAAAACAAAAUAGAUAAAUUUUCGUUAGUUUCACGUAUAUAAUAAGGUGCAUGUAAACAAUAUUCUUAAUUUGUUUUUCUAGAGAAAGUACAUAGAACAACGGAUUUAGACAUUUUUGCGACAAUGCUACAGUUCACAGUUUCCGGAUCAGUGACUAGCACGUGUCUGGUCGGUCUGGUAGUCGUACUUUUGGCGCACUGGAUGAUACAAAAAUGGAAAUUCAAUUAUCCACCUGGACCUCCUGGACUGCCAUUAAUUGGAAAUGCAUUACAACUUUCUUCUUCUUUCGCAAUUGGCUAUAUAUUUUUCAACCGUUUUCUAGAGCUCAACGGAUUGAUUUUCCAUAAACAGGCGUUUGAAUGGUCGAAGAAAUACGGCCCUGUGAUAACCGUUCGCGCAGGUCCUACACAUAUGGUAAUUGUGAAUACGAUAGACACUGCCUUAGAAGUACUUGUACAGAAGUCUACAGAUUUUGCUGGGCGUAUGUUAACACCAUCACUUGACUUGUUAACAUAUGGUGGGAAGGACAUUAUUUGCAGCACUUACAACUCAACGUGGAAAAUUCAUAGGAAAAUUGCAACAAAGGCUUUACGUCAUUAUAUGCAAGGUGAAGCUUUACAACUGCGCAUUCAUGACGCCAUGGAGACAGCGUUUGUUGAGGUCGACAAAGUAAAAGGAGCGUUUGAUCCUGCAGAAUACAUAAACUAUAUAGUGGGCAAUAUUCUCACUGGAUUAUGUUUCGGCGGAAAGUACAAUUUUCAAGACAAAGAAGUACACUACAUGCUUGAGAAAGAAGAUAUUUUCCUUCAUACGAUUGGAUUCGGAUCUAUAGAAGAUUUCAUCCCGGGACUGAGAUAUGUUUACAAAUCCGACAUCACAAAGUUUCUAGAAGAAUUUACGAAGGAGGUGUUCGACUUCUACUUUUCAAAGAAACUGCAAGAAGCGAAAGAAACAUUUGAUAAAGACAACGUACGCCAUUUCACUGACACACUUAUAUUAGCUCGGAAGGAGGCUGAAGCAGAAGAAGGUGCAAAUGUUAGUGUUUUUACCGAUGAGCACCUCAUUCAAACACUAGGGGACAUUUUCUUUGCUGGUAUAGAUACAACGAGGUACACAUUGAAAGGUGCAAUACUUCAUAUGGUUGCCUUUCCUGAUAUACAAGAAAAGGUUCAAAAGGAAAUAGACAUGGUCGUUGGCAAGGACAGGCUACCAGGAAUUGAUGACCGUCCUAAUCUGAGUUACACAGAAGCUGUGCUAUAUGAGAGUAUGCGUCUAUCAACAGUUCUCCCCUUAGGGGUACAGCACAUGACUAUAUGUGACACUGAAGUUGGAGGUUACAAAAUUCCCAAAGGAACAGAAGUGUGCAUCAACCACUGGGCAUUGCACAACGAUCCAGAUGCAUGGGAAGAGGUCGAGCGGUUUAUUCCAGAAAGAUACUUGGAUGAAAACGGUAAACUUGGGCCUACACCCAAAAGUUGGUUGCCAUUUUCAGCGGGAAAGAGAGUUUGUCUUGGGGAAUUCGUAGCAAAACCGGAGCUUCAUUUGAUCUUCGCAAGUUUAAUGCAACGCUUCAAGUGGAAAAUGGUGUCUGGAAAGUGUCCGAAUAUGGAACAAACUGGAUCUUUUGCCCUCGAAUACCUUCCAUACAAAGUAAUUGUCGAGAAAAGAACAUAGACUUGUUAGUUUGUUAUCUUUGAAAAAAGGUUUUCAUAUGAUAAUGUACAGGUUACUCUAAUAUUUCAAGAAUGUAGUCUCAUUAUAAAUCAUUAACAGUACUAAUAUCAUAUAAUAUCAUAUGAAAUAUACAGGUAUUUUUGUGAUUAAAUACAUCAACAUUCUUAGUUUCUUAUAAGGGAUGGAUUAUCUAUUUUAUAUGAGCAUGAUCUUUUGGGUGAAACCAUGCUAUCUUUACUCUUUAUCAAUAUUGCACAGUAUGUUUAUUCUCAUUUUCUUAUUUGCCACAUUAAAUGAUAAACGACACCUAGCUUCUGAUGAGUUAAAAAGUUGUUUUAUUGCAAUUAAGAAAAUUAACCUAGAAUUAGGUAUGCAGAAUCCAAAAACGACAAAAUUGGAAAUGCUGCACGCUCGGAUUUAUUGAGUCUGGUAAUGGACGGUAAGUACAACUAAAGUCCCUGAAGAACGUCCAAAAACCGGCAAUAUAGAAAAUGUUCCAGGCUCGGUUUAAUUGAGCCUUUUCAUGAAAUUGACAGUGCAAUGUACGGUCUACGCCCCCAAAGCACCUACUUAAGCAGAUUUAAACCCGAAAAUGGUGAAAUGUUGAAUUAAGAAACAUCCGAAAGUCGUGUAAAAAUAAAUUGAAUUAUUCUACAGGUGCUUCGUUAGUUACGCGAUAGAAUUUGAUGAUAGAAAUAGUAAAUUUGUGAGGUAUAAUACAUUCAAUAUUACUAAAUUAUGAACAUUUAACAUUAUUUUUCUCUGAGUAUUGCAGCAUUUACUUUGAAAGCUUUUAAAUGUUCUAGUAUUAUUCGGUAUCGUUCUGUUUAAUAUAUCUUAUGAAACAUUUGCAAGCUGUUUUUUAUUAUAAUGAGAUUUUAUUGUAAUUUUGUUGUAGUUUAUUUUUCCGAAGGAUCACUUUAUUCCAGAUUUUCAUUCUAAGAUCUUGGAAUGGAAUAUAAAUUUUAUAAUUUUUUUUACAUUUAACUUUUAGGUCCUAUGAUUUAAGUCAAAAUGGCCUCAUCUGGGUUUUGUAUUUCAUUGGCUCAACACAAACUAUUUGUUAACAUAUUUAGGAUGUUAGCGCAAGUAACUGUUAGAACUAAAUACCGCUUCAGUCCUGUGAAUUCUAUUUGUUAGAAGUCGUUAU